GGAGGGUUCUGGAGUCUUCCCGCGCUGUAGUAAGCAGAUUUGAUGAUGUUACUACUUGUGCCAGUGCACCCACACAACGCUUAUCCUCCUCCAUCAUGAGCUCAACGCCACAGGAAAUUCAGAUAAAUGUCAAGGGACCGAGCGAGCUCAAGCUGCAAAUCACAAUCAGUACUGACAAGACUGUGCUCGACCUCAAACGUGCUAUCGCAGAGAAGUCUGAUGUAGAGGCUGAUCGGCAGAGGCUUAUAUACUCUGGCCGAGUAUUGAAGGAUGAAGAUGUUCUUUCAACAUAUAAAAUCCAGACGUCGCACACCAUCCACAUGGUCAAGGGCGUCGCUCGCUCAAACAUAUCUGGCUCUCAGACCUCCUCUGUCCCAGUCCCGCCCCUCCCCACAAUGCAAGCCGGCCAGAAUCCCCACGACCCAUUGACACAGCUCAACUCUCACCUCGGCUACGGUGCCCUCAACAGUUUCAACCCAUUUGCAGAAAUGGGUCUGAACCCCAACGAUCCUAACAUGAUGCAAUCAAUGAUGCAGAAUCCCCAAUUCCUCCAGCAGAUGAGCGGCGUCAUGAGCAAUCCCGCUGUUCUCGACCAAAUUAUUGCGAGCAACCCUCAGCUCGCUGCUAUUGCCCCUCAAGUCCGCGAAGUCUUCCAGAGCGAGAGAUUCAGGGAGAUGAUAUCAAAUCCUGAAUCUCUCCGCUCGAUGCUACAGAUGGCGGCAGCAUUCCAAGGUGCAGGUGGGGGUACAGGCGCCAGUCCAUUCGGUGGAGCAUUCGGCUUCCCCGGCGCAGGUGGCAGUGCCGCAUUCCCGGCACCAGGUACUCCAUCUACAGCACCUGCAUCGUCUCCCUCCUCCAACCCCUCCACCUCCCCUACAGGCAGCCAACCAGCCCCAAAUCCCUUCGCAGCAUUUUUCCCUCCUGUCCCACCAGCAGGCGCGGGGACUGAUGCAGGCGCAGGCGCUAAUCCGUUCGGCAUGUUCAACCCCGCGGCUCUCGCACAAAUGCAAACAGCCUUUGGAGGUGGCGGUGGUCAAGGCGGAUUCGCGGGCUUCGGUGCGCCUCCUGCUGCACCCGCAGAUUCGCGGCCACCCGAAGAACGCUUCCAGGUGCAGUUGCAGCAACUACAAGAUAUGGGAUUCACGAAUGCAUCGCAGAAUGUCAGGGCACUCCUUGCAACUGGCGGAAACGUGCAUUCGGCGAUUGAGUAUAUACUAACUGGAGGAGGAUUGUGAUUUGAGAGCGAGCCUUAGAUGUCGGGAAUGGGUAAGUGAUACGGACGUUCCUCCUUUCCAUGUCACGUUCGAGAUAAUUGUAUUGUGUACGGCGUAAUGAAUCCAGCGAUCUAUACUAUGUGGCGUAUUGUAAGAAUGGAGGAGAUACAUUCUAUUGAAAGAACGCUAAAGGACACAGUCGGUGGCAAUCACAGAGAGAUAUCUGUAUCUUACGGCAGAUCGCACAGAAAGCCUCUCCCGCUCGAGGGUAUCGGAAAAGAUGCUCGUUUCGAGGUCUCCAUUGGAGACUUGAGCGUCCAGCUUCGUCUAGCUCUAGUGUCGCUGACAUGUUCUAACAGGUUGGGCUGGGCCGAGCGUUAGCUCGGGGUGGUACGCGAGCAGGUGGAGCCGCUGGGAGGGCGGGAUACCUGCUCACGAAUUCGAACAUGUCAAGGACUUAUAAGAGUUUAUUCGAUGAAAUAUG